AACGGGCUGUUUGUUUACGUCUGAUCAUGAGUUCGGGAAAAAAGUGUCUGGAGGGAAGGGAGAGACUGCUGCAUUUCUUUUCCUUUGCGUAGAAAGGAGGAUAUUUUGAGGUGAUUCGAGGGUUUCACAUAAUAGAAAGGAGCUGUUAGCAUGCCAUUUUUGGCAUGCCUGCCAGGGAUUACACAUAUCUAACCUAAGGAAUAGAAGCUACAGCAAUCAAUUAACAUUACCACUAUCAGAUAGAGUUUCCUCUUCCAGCUCAUUGUCAGGGAGGACCAGAGAUAUCCCAUUGUAAUGAUGGAUCCUGGGGCUGGCUCUCCGCACUCCUUUUUCCCUCUCACACACUCCACGCAAGUUGGUAUUUUGCCUGAAGUUGCAUCCCUAAGCCGUGAUGACUUGGAAGACCUGCUAGCCUGUGAUGACAAGCUGACUGAGUUUGUGGAAGGCCUUCCCCAGGUUGCAGCACUCAGGAACCAGUGUGAGCAGCUUUCUGCUCAGAAUGAGGCAUUAGCAAAGGCAAAUCUCGAGCGCAGCAGCGACUAUGAGCGGGCUAGGGAUGCCACUAUCCAGAAGGUGGAGGAGCUGACUUCCCUUCGGUCAAGCUUUGAGGACAUGACCAUAAAGCAACAGAAAGCAUCAGAAAAGCUGGCUCCAAGCAGCAUUCAGGAAAGUCUGCUCAUUUUUGCAGCCCAAUCAGAAGAGGAUAGUGAAAAGAUUGCCGAGGACUUCCUUCACAGCCACAUUGAUGUCGAUGCAUUCUUAGACAGUUAUUUGGAAAAGAGAAUAGAAACUCAUCUAAGAAAGUUUAAAGGAGAACGGCUUGGUGCCCAGCUGAGAGAACUUCACAAGGCUGGGUUUUAGCAGUAUAUAUUUCGAAGACAAGUAACUUGAUAUAGAUGUCAUAUCAGAUUUUUUUUUUUGUAUGACUUUUAAUUAAAGAAGAGAAAUUAUUUAAAGAGAUUGUGUAGUUUAAUGUAAGGCUGCCAAUUCACUUAUCAUAAGAAAAAUAUGUCAAGCUUGAUAGAGAUCACAGACAACACCAGAGCUGUGCUUGUUUUCAUAAAUCAUUUAGUAUUUGGAUUGUAUGCUCUCCAUUUAUUAUUUUUAUUAUUACUAUUACCAUUAUCAUUGUUGGUGUUAUUGUUAUUAUUAUUAUUAUUAUUAUUAUUAUUAUUAUUAUUAUUAUUAUUAUUGACACUUAUAUUCAAAAAUAAAACAGCAGCUUGUCAGCAUUUAAUAGGCUUUUUUCUCCCAGCUUUGAUUUCAAUCUAAAUAAUUGACAACUGGAAAUUCACUUAUAUCACUUGAUUAUAAGUGAAGGUUAGUUAUAACUGUUUUUGCUUAUUUGAAGAUUAAAGAAAGAAAAGUAGAUACCUCUACCAUCAGAGGAUAUCCAAAAUAUAUUGUACUGUAUUCUGCGUUCUUCUAGGGCAUUUAAAAGGCUUUUAUUGCAAAAUCAUCAGUAUUCUUAAUCAUAUAGUCAUUCCAAUUAGUCUUAAUGUAUAUACUUUCACCUUGUAACUGUUACUUUCUGUUUAUUAAAGAAAUGUGUACUUAUGUUAGAUUUUAAGAAAGUAUGAAAUAUAUCUGUUAUAAAAUUGGAAA